AGAAACGCGCCCUCCUUGCUUUCCUUUAACGUGACCUACAUGUAUUGUGAAUGACCUACUUAACAGCGCGUGCUGUGUCGCGACACAGGUGAAGGCUGUGAUAAUUUAACACUCCAAGAGCUUGGGCGUCUCUGUUCUUAACGUGGGGUUAAGGGCCUAAGGAUGUUAUUACCAGCACAUUAAUGGAGAUGUCAGUCCUGUCCGCCACUGAUGUAAGCAGCAUUUGAUCAAGAGGAUGAAGCUGUGUACUCGCAAUGAGGAUACGGAGACACGACAAGAUGAUACAGAUAUCGGAAUGGCGAUAAACUUACAAUUAACUGCAACAGCCCUGGCCGCGUUAGUCGCAUUGGUGGCUGUGACAUACAGGGAUGACUUUGACCCGUCCGAAGUGCAGGGCAAGAGGGUUUUAGUGACCGAAGCUUCCACUGGCAUUGGAGAACAGAUGGCGUACCAUUUUGCCAAGAUGGGAGCAAUUCUUGUCCUGGUUGACGGCAGGGAGAAAGCAUUGAAAAAGGUACAAAAAGAAUGUAAGAAACUUUCUCCAAAUCCAUCACCAAACCACGUGUAUGUGGUGACAGAUAUGUCCAAGAUGGCGGACACAGAGAGGGUGGUAAAGUUUGCAGAAGAGCGGCUUGGUGGGUUGGACAUAUUAGUUCUGACACACGCCUUGAUUACUAUCUGUAACCCUUGGCUGGGGACCAAGGCCAAUCUUAGUAUCCUAGCAACGGGGAUGGAUAUUGGCUUCCGGUCACAUGUUCACCUGGCAUCGCACGCACUCCCCCUGCUGCUGAAGAGCCGCGGUCGAAUCGCUGUUGUUACCUCAAUGGCUGGUGCAAUGAACUCUCCACAUAUGUCAGUGUACACUGCUUCAAAGAACGCUCUGGCGGGUUUCUUCAGCGUUCUACACAAGGAUUUGAUGACAAAGAAAUCUGGGGUAUCUGUCACACUGUGCAGCAUCGGGGGAUCAACUACAGAAAUUGUCCUACAGCUCAUCCGAAGUCUUUUCUACGGCCACAGACAAGGAGAACUCCACCUAGAGGAUCCGCGCGUGGUUUCCAUGGAAAUCAUUCAAGCCACAAUGGCGCGAAAACAUGAAAUAUACACAAGCGUUGACACGUGGAGCUUGCUCGUGCCAGGCCCUCGCACAGAUUGUACCACCCAGAGAUCUAGACCUGCUGGCCCUGCCUGCAUUACUUAUUGCUCACUGCCGCCAUGACAUAAAAACAUGAACUUUACAUUGCAUAUUUGAUUUGUCUAUUGCCAAUUGUACAAAAGAACUGUCUUAAAAUCUAUGUGUACAAAGGUGAAAAUCAUUUUUGUGUAUUUUGACAAAGACUCAAAUCUUUCAAAUAAAAGUCAAGUAAGUUGUAAGCAAUAAAAACAUAAAAACGUGAAAUUCCGUUUAAUAUUGCUAAAUAAGUAUCGAUAAAGAUAGUAAUAACAGAAAAGACUUGAACCACAGUUGCGAACAUAUUCAGCGGACAACCAAUCCAGCCACUUCCUGGUUGACUUACUGGUAGAGUAGUGAGAUCUACUAUUAUAGUGAAACAAAACCAGUGGUGAAUUUAAUUUACUGUCUCGCAUCCGAAGUGAAACGACCAUCAUUGGCUGAAACGUGAUCCAUUUUGAUCAGAACAUUUGUGCACUGUCGCUGUAGAAUAUGCGAAAUGUCAAUAAUGACAUAAUUAGAAAUAGAUAAAUGCAUUAUAAUUAAUACAGGUAUAAUAGAAAUACUGCUGUGCUUAAUUGGUAUAUUUUUCUUCUCUAGAUUUCGCAUUUCGCAACAUCAUGAAGCACUAUAUACAUGUAUUGCUAAAUAGUAUACUGG